UGCUACACAAAAGACCAGGAGAGUGAACUAUCCGGGCACGUUUUUAAGGAUACGACCAAGGAGACUACGUUGUUUUGCUAUAGAACUAACUAACUGACCAAAAGUGGCAAAAUGUCCCAUGCGUUAGUGAGAAGAAACUCCAGCAAAGUGGGGCUGCAGAAUUUGAUGAAACUGACAGCCCAGAGGAGCAUAGAGGACGCAGAGGAGGUGGAGAGGGAGCGCAGGCGCAGGGCCCGAGAGGAGCUAAGGCGCAGGGACAGUGGCUCUGUGAGGGGGGAGUCUCCAGAAAGCCACACACCCACUGAAGACAGCUCGCUGGAUGGCAGUUUCAAGCCCAGCAGCUCUCCGUCUCUGGAGGAGGACGAGGGCUUCAGUGACUGGACCCAGAAGAGAGAGAGGCAGAGACAGCUUCGGCAACAAGAGCUGACCCACAACUACCACCACCAGAAGAACGGAGCUGAGGAAGAGGAGGAGGAGGAAGGCGACCUCAACACGGGACAGAGGGGUGGACACGGGGGCAACCAACCCUCCCUCACCGCAUCCAGGCUCCAGAAACAAGAGCAGGAGAGGCUGGAAAUGGAGAGAAGGAAGAAGAGGCAGGAAGAGGAAGUGAGAGCAGAGAGGGUUAGGAGAGAGAGGGAGAGAGAGGAGCAGGGGAGGAGAGAGAGAGAGGAGCAGGGGAGGAGAGAGAGAGAGGAGCAGGGGAGGAGAGAGAGGGAGAGAGAGGAGAGGAGAGAGAGGGAGGAGCAAGCUGAACGUGUACGGAGAGAGGAAGAGGAGGAGAGGAGGAAGAGAGAGGAGGCGUUCAAGAGAAAAGAGGAGAGUCAUAGACCAAAUGUAGAGGCUGAAAGAAGAAAAGAGAUGAAAGUGUCGUACACAUCCAGAGUUGUCUUGAACCAGGAGCCCAGACACCAGAACUCAAAUGGUAAUGCCUCCCCCAAAGAGAAGUUCUCCCAUAGCAACAGCACCACGAUCAGCUGGACCAGGCGCUCCAUCAAUCGUGCUGCUGAGCCGGAGGAGAGUGAGGCCAUCCUGGAGACGGAGCGGCGCUUGGAGAAGAUCCGGCGUGGUCUACAGGAGAAGGAGAGCCAGGAGCUGGAGCAGCUGAGGCAUAGGCAGGCUGAGGCAGAGCACGAGCUGGAGGAGCUGAAGAGGAGGAGGGAGGAGAGGAGAUUAAUCAGGGAGGAAGAGGAGCGACGCAGAGAGGAGGAGGAGCAGAGUCGACUGGCCAAAGAGGAGGAGGAGAAGAGGCGUAUGAAGGAGGAGAUAGAGAGGAGGAGGAUGGAGGCGGCCGAGAGGAUGAAGAGCCUGAGUACGUCCAGUGAUGGAGAUGAAGCAUUCAGUCCAUUCAGUCCUAAAACACCCACACACAAGAUCACAGAGAGAACAGAAUCCCUCAGCAGAUCACUUAAAAAGAGUAACAGUUUUAAGAAGACGCCGCCCCUUGUCCCCACGUCAAAGAUUGAUGACAAGCUGGAGCAGUACACUCAAGCUAUUGAGACGUCCAUUGAGACCCGGUCAGUGAAGGCAGCACCAUCUGACCUUCCCAGCACACCUGAAGUGGCCACAAAGAAGAACCUAUUCGAAGCAGGAGAGGUUUUUUGUCAGAGUCCGACCAAAGCACCAGGCUGCAAGGACACAGAAGGUCUGAAAGUGGGUGUAGCUAACUUGAUCACUCAGUGGGUGAAGGGCCCCAAUGACCCCAGCCGACAGGGGCCAGGCAAACCUACAGACGUGAAGCCUGGGGACGUGAUGCAGAAGAGGAACAUGUGGGAGGGCAUGGGAGAGAGCUCUAUGAGGUCAGGGCAGAGGAAGGGCUCCACAUCUGGUAAAAAAUACAAGUUUGUUGUCACUGGUCACGGCAAAUACGAGAAGAUCCCUGUGGAUGAUGAUGAGUUUUCUGAGGAUCUAUAGAACAACUGCUGCAAUUGAACUGGAUCAUGCACACCGCCUUUCAUUGGACCAGCUGAUUUCAAUGACACCUAACAGACAUGGUCCUAAAUAUGUCGUUCAAUUCAUCACAAUGAUCAGUUUUUCAGUUGUAUACAUAAAACUCAAAAUUUCAACAAAUAUGGAUUUCUUUUAUAUGCAUUUCUUAAUGUUAUGUACAUAUCUAAUUGUGAGCUUUACUGUUACUGGUUGGUCUGAGUUGGUUUUCAUAGAGUUUACAUUUUCUAUCAUGUAGGCAAUGCAAGAUUAGAGUUUAUUUUUCUUUAUUAUAACUAUAUUGUGUAUUUUCUGCACUUACAUUUUUGCUUCAAACAAUCUGACUUUUUAUAUUUCAUUUAAUCAAGAAAAAAUUGAAAGAAAGUGAUACAAUUUUCAAAUGUUACAAGUAUUGUGUUUUUAUACAUUUUAAUCUACAAAGAUGUGAUGCCAAAUUUGAAGACAAUGGAAUGAUGUUACAACAAUAGAAUUUCUCAGUUCUCAAAUAUGCUCUUACUUUGUUGAAAUUAUAAUCAAUACUUUUAGUUACAUGUUGGUGCCUUCAACUUCAUCUGUAAACUAUUGCACACAUUCCUUGAUUUGAAUGUUUUCUAAAAUAUUUUCUUAAAUGUCAUCUUGUCUGUAACCCCUUUUUCUUAAAUAAAUUAAACUUUUUUUGGA